AUGGACGAGCUGGCCUUGCGCCAACUCAACGGGGACGAAGACGAGGACGAGGCCUUGAGACGCGCUUUGGCCCUUUCCAUGGGCGAUACUGAUGGAGCACCCGGAACAAGCGGUGCCCAUAGCGACUCUGGCGCCAAAUCACGUGUCCACGUGAGGUCGCUAUCCGAUGCCACUACAGCGUCCACCGCGUCCACCGCGUCGCUAACGCCGCCGCCACCCAGGCCAGAGAACAGUGAUGCAUCACCAAAAAGUGCUGCGGACCUCACGAAACCAGAUGGGCCGACUGCAACGGAUGCACCUGCUGGUCCGAUCGAUGCUGCUGCUACAGCGACUGCACCUGCCAUGUCGCUGCUCAAUCUCGAUCGAAAGGCCAUGGAGGCAGAGCGCUUGGCGCGCCGACAGAAAGCUCUGGAGGCACAGCAGUCUCAAAGUGUUAUUGCAACGGGGGCAGAGGCAAGCAAAGACAAUACUCAACAUCUGUUAAAGAAGGAAGGCCAUGUAGCCCAGCCGUGGAAACUGCAACUGUCGCCCAAAAAGAGAAAGGCAGAAGGUGAUAUUAUCGUCAUCGAUGAUGACGAUGACGACGAAACCGAGAAUGCAAAGGGCGACGACAACGAAGGAAAAAAAGGAAGCGACGACCGAAGAAGAGAAAUUCAGCAACCCAAUUUAUAUCCCGUUCCCAGACGACGCAAGAUCGAUUUGGAGGAAAGCGGAAGCGGAAAGAGCACAGCAACGUCAUAUGCUCGCGAAAGUUUCAAAGGUCAGCUGGCUGGCCCUUCGGGUGCAGUUCUUUCCGCACCGCCAUCGCCCCACCUUCCUUACGCCAGAGGUGUGGUGAAGAAAACCUGGGUGCGCGGUCAGCCGCGGCGCGGUGACGACGUCACGAUCGAAGAAGUUUGGCAAAGGGACACUCUGGAACUGGCUGUACUCAGCUCCUUCCAGUGGGACGAAAAUUGGAUGAUGUCGAGACUGGACAUGCGACGGACACGCGUCAUGCUGAUUGCAUAUGCCGCCGACGAUAUUCAGGUGCGUUCUCUGCUUUACAGUCAGCUCCGGUGUGCCAGAACUUUGUUGUCAGCGCCAUAUUUCAUCGCCCCCGGCGCUUCAGUAGCGGCUUCAAAGUGA